AUGGAUGCGCCUGGCGCGACACCGUUAGACGAGAGUGCCGCUCAAAUGACUCCUAUUGACUCCUCCGAACGAAGCAUAUCAUCUACACAGACGAGUUCGGGGCCCCAAGAUCGGAACCACCAACUCAAUGACCAUGACUCGAGCAGCAGUGACAACGAAGGAGAUGAUGAAGAGGUUGACGAUGACGAAGAAUCUGAAGACGAGGAGCCUCGCCUUAAGUACGCAUACCUGACGAAACAUUUGGGCUCGGUAUACCGCAAUUCAGACGCCACCAGCUCUUUCCUGGUAGCAGGAGACAAGAUGAUAGUUGGGUCUCACAAUGGAAAUGUCCAUGUGCUGUCCUUGCCCCUUCUGAAGUCUCUCCGCGUAUACCAUGCGCACUCAGCAAGCGUCACAUCCAUAUCCAUAUCGCCGUUCCCUCCUCCGCUUCCGAGCCUCAAAUCAGACGGUUUCGGCAGACAUACCGCAGAAGACCCCCGGCCCCCCACGCAGUCAUCUACCACGACAGGCAGCAUCCGUGGACAAGCAAAGCUUGCGAACCGUCCAGCCGUUCCUCCGAUACCAUCCAACUCGAUUUACAUUGGUACAUCUUCAAUUGAUGGCAACGUGUGCAUCUCCUCGUUAGUAGAUCCCAAGGAUGUGAUGCUGCGCAAUUUCGGCCGUCCAGUGCAGUCUGUUGCUUUGUCGCCAGACUACAAGAAUGACCGGACCUUUCUGUCGGGCGGACGAGCUGGUGAUUUGAUACUGACCACCGGUGGCCGUAUUGGAGCGACGUCCAAUUCCACAACAAUGGGGGGCGGGAAAGACAUAGUCAUCCACAGCGGCGAAGGGGCUAUCAGCACCAUCAGGUGGUCUUUGUCGGGGAAAUACGUAGCUUGGGUCAAUGAAGAAGGCAUCAAGAUCAUGCGGUCCAACUUGCAUCUAGACUCUUCAGAGACAGAGUUUGCUUGGAAACGUAUCAGUCACAUCGAUCGCCCAAACCGGCCCGGCUGGGAAGAAAUGUCCGGCGUGUGGAAAGCUCGCGCAGAAUGGAUCGACCAGUCUGCUUUGGACAGCUAUGACCAUCUCAAUCCCGAAGACGGAACUGAAAUCCCACAAACGCAACCUGCAGCGUCCAUUGAAAAGGUUGAAAAGCUCGUUGUUGGUUGGGGAGGGACCGUUUGGGUCAUUGACGUCUACCCCGAAAGGGCAAGCAAACUACGAACCGACUGCUUGGUAUCGGGCAUAUCAUUGUACACUCCUCGCCUUCUUGUCAUUCUCGCAUAUAUGGAAACCGAGGGAGGUGAUGGCCAGAAUGGAAAAGAGACAGGGCGAUACAAUCGGCGCAAGGGUCUGGAACCUGAACUUCGCGUCAUUGAUAUUGAAACCAAAGAAGAAAUCAGUGCUGAUACCCUCUCAAUAAAUCGGUUUGAGGGACUCUCGGCAUCUGAUUAUCACUUGAGCGUUUUACCGCCAUGGAAGACACCGGAGGGGCAGCUCGCGCAACGUGGAGCCCUUGGCGCCCUUGGAUAUGGGCUAUUGGAUGCCACCAUGUACUCGGCUCGGCUCUUUAGCUCUGGUGCUAGCAUCCGCAGUACCACAAGCAGCGGCGACAAAGGCUCGGGCAAAGCUCCGCCCUCAUUUAGGUCUAAAUUCUCUUCGAUUGAGGAAACUCUCCCGAAGGAGGUCCAAGAGGUUUCAGGUGCCUCUGGUGCUAAAAUCUUUGUCCACAGCCCGUAUGACUGCGUUGUCGCCGUCAAAAGAGACCUUGCUGAUCGUCUGUCGUGGCUCGAUAUGCAUGGUCAGUACGAGGACGCCUGGCACCUUGUGGACGAACACCCUGAAGCUGCAGGCUCAAUCCCCGAUGUCAGCGAGAUUGCUUCACAGGUUGCUGGGAAAUCACAAACCAGCCUGGGGGAGUUCUUCGCCGACGACAGGUCGUCUGUGACAACCACCGGGCAACCCAAAAUCUCUUUCGCUGAGCAAGAAAAAGCUCGCCUUGGAGAACUCUGGGUCAAACAGCUUGUUGACCAGGAGAAGUGGGUUGAUGCUGUCAGGGUCUGCAGUAACGUCAUUCACAAUGCUCCGCAGUGGGAGCAUUGGGCGUGGGUCUUCAUCAACAAUCAGAAGCUUGACGAGAUUACUCCACACGUCCCGGUUGACUUGAACCCACCCCUGUCGUCUGUGAUCUAUGAAACUAUACUCCUCCAUUAUGUGUCCCGAGAUCUGACCAGGUUCAAAGAACUGGUUGAGACAUGGCCUUCUGAUUUGUUCGAACCGAGCACCAUAACCGAAGCUAUCGAAUCACAGCUGAAAUCAGAGUCCGUGCCAAUUGAAUCAGAGCACUGGCGAACACUCACGGAUUGUCUAGCCAAAUUGUUCUUGGUCGGAGGUCAUUAUCGCGAGGCUUUGCGUUGUUACAUCCGACUGAAAGAUGCGGACGCAGCCAUGGCCUUAGUUCGCGAGCACCGCUUACUUGAUGCAGUCACCGAUGAUAUCCCGGCCUUCAUCAUGAUUCGCAUUUCCAAAGAGCAGAUGAAGUCAGCCCCGAGGUCCGAGCUGGAGCAGCUGACCUCUGAGCCUACGCGGCUUCUUGUCAGUGAAGCAUACACCGGGAUCGUUCUCCCGGAAACUGUGGUAUCACAGCUGAUCGGGGCAAACCGAUUCUUGUUUCUUUAUUUCUAUCUUCGUGCCCUCUGGCGUGGCGAGUCAUUGCCCCAUGAUACAUCUAAACCUCGCAGAGGACGUGGGGUCCAUGCUCGGGAUGCAGCCAGCAAGCUUGCUGCCGAUGAAGGUAAAGCCUUGAUUGACAAUUUCGCCGAUACAACCGUUGAGGUCUUUGCCGAUUAUGACCGUCCUCUUUUAAUGGAGUUCCUACAGAACAGCAUUUCAUAUUCUUUCGAGAAAGCCACGUACAUCUGCGAUGAACAUAAAUACACUUCGGAAUUGAUCUAUCUCUUGUCUAAGAUGGGACAAACCAAACGGGCUCUAAACCUGAUCUUGUCGGAUCUCAAAGACGUUUCUCAGGCCAUCUCAUUUGCCAAAUCUCAAGAGGAUCCGGACCUGUGGGAAGAUCUGCUCGAUUAUUCGAUGGACAAACCGAAGUUCAUCCACGGCCUGUUGGUUGAGGCUGGGACAGCAAUCGAUCCGAUCAAACUGGUGCGCCGAAUUCCGAGUGGGCUGGAGAUUGAGGGUCUCAGAGAAGGCCUGACUCGUUUGAUCCGUGAACAUGACCUACAGGCCAGCAUCAGCCAAGGCGCAGCCAGAGUCAUGCAAAGUGAGGUUGCUCUUGGCAUGGAUUCCCUCCGCAAAGGCCAAUGCCGCGGAAUCAAGUUCGAUGUGCAAGAACAUACCGAUCAAGAUCUGAACCUGACACCAACAACCAAGACCCAAGGUCAAGGUCAAUUAUCCGAAAAAAGUGGCGCCAACAGACUCGCAACCCCCGGACAAGGAAGAUGCGGGGGGUGCAAUGCUGCUUUCCAUGCAAACGGUGUGUCUCCGCUCGGUGCAAUGAUUGCAUUGAGAAUAUAUGCUAAUAAAGAGAUUUUAGAAAAAGAGAUUCUGGUUGGAUUUGCCUGUGGCCACAUUUUCCACCUAUCUCACUUGCAUGCCGAUACACCUCUAUCUGGCACAAACAGUCGCGAUCGAUCUAUCGACCACACACCUCGACCGAUGUCACCAGUUGAUGAGUCUUUGUCUGCCACCGCUUCUCGCACUGUUGGCCCUAAAGUGACGACGGCAAGGAUUUUGCGUGACAAGAUCGGCGGUGGAUGUCGAAUCUGCACAUUCGCAAGGGACCUUGAAUCUCUCGGCGAGGUUGAAUCUUGA